AUGGCCUUCCAGGUGCCAACACACGUUCCUCGCCGCAGAACUUCCUAUUCAACCCCUCAACCACCUACCCUCGACAUCCCCUCGGCCGAACAGCGCGAUGACGACACCGCACAAUGGGUCCUAUUUUCCCCGACCGCUCGUACACACACGACUUCCACCGAUCGUACGCGUACUGUUGGAGCUUCUCGACUGAGUGAUUUCGGCUCAUUCGCAGCCACCCAGUCUGCAUUUAGCGUCGAGGAUGAACCCGACGCGGAUGAUGCCCUCGAGGACCCACUCGACGAAGAUGGAACUGAACUGGACAGCCUAGAUGAUGGACUGCAUGCCUUUCGAGCACCCGACUUGGUCCCCGCUUCCCCAAGCCGGGUUGAUCAGGGCCCGCCGGCGAUGCUUCCGGCCCAUGACGGGUUAGGCAGUUUCCAGGCCUCGAGUCAGGCAGUCCAGGAUCAGCUGUGGCGGCAUGAGCAAUAUAACCCCCAGCGGCCAUCGUAUGGUCAUCUCCAACAUCGCCGGAACUCAAGCGUCCAGAGGCAUUUGGAUACUGUCGAGGAAGGUGAGGCAAAUGUCGAGCGGGAAAGAUGGCAGCGGAUUGAGGAAUGGCGCAUGGACCAGAGCCGGGCUCUGUUGCAGGAGAUCGAACGGGAAACCAGACAGAGACGGACUAGUCUGACCAGCCGAUCGAGUCUUCGACGUUCUGUUGAUCAUAUGCCCCGAUCCCGCGUAUCUGAAGUGUUACAACGGGAUUUGUCGCUUUCGAGAGAUGCCUCGGAGGACGAAGAGUCUUUCUGGCGCCGUAUCACACGAACGGUGAUCCGUGACCUGAUCGGGAUUGAUGAUUCCUUGCUCUCCGUGAUCUUUGGUGAGUCGUUGCCGCUGGACGCGCAACCUAAUACCCAGGAAGAUCAACUAGACAUGGAAACGGUGCUGGCCCGCGAACCAGAGCCAGAAUAUGGCGAUUCACCACUGUGGCAGGCAAAGGUGCUUAAGACGAUCGCGCAUGAGCUAGGGAUCCUUGUCCAUCAACUCUGUGAACACCCAGGGGCAUUUACAACAUAUUAUCAAAUGACUAAAGAUAUAUCCGCCGAAUAUGCGGGGAUGUCUCUCAACCGCCUAACGGAAAGCGGGAUCUCUCAGAAACCCGCCGAAUCCACCCCAUCAACUAUCGCUGAUACAAUGGAUGAGUCCAUACAGUCCCCGCACUUCAUACCCACACUUCGAGACUCAAAUCGAGAGCACGAAGCACAGUGGGGUAUUGAAGAUGAGGAUCCCAAGCGCCCUGACCAACUCCCCGAAUCAACAAAACUUCAACAAGAAGCUGAGUACUGGGAAAGCGGACUUGAUGUAAUGAUGGUCUUCCGGUACCUCCGUAGCCGCUUUAGCCGCCGAGGUUACAUGCCCAACGAAACGCACACACCAACUCCACCCCGCCGCCCCCAAGAUGCAUCCCGCCGAGCAGCCAUCAUCCGGCAACAUCACCCUCUAGUGGCGCGAGCACACUCCCGAUCACAAACCCAAACCCGUCGCGCAUCACAGUUCUCCGGUGUAUCAAACCCAGCGGGUAUUUCGUCCCCACUCCUACGACCCCAUCUCCGUCGGCCUAGCUCCAGCUGCGCAAGCCAGAGCGCCAAGCUCUCGGCUAUUUCCAGUCGGCGGACGAUGACAAGUUCUAGCCGGAACUACUGGGAUAUCGGUGGCAGCGAAAGCAAUAGCGCCAUUGGUGUUGGAGCUGGGCUCGGAAACUGGGGUGGGGUGUGA